AUGGACACUAAAACCGAAUGGCAGGGGUCCGUCCCUCCCGGCACCACAGAGGAGCAGCUCCACUACGCCAAGAAGCUGUACGACUCGGCCUUCCACCCAGACACCGGAGACCGCAUGAACCUCAUCGGCCGCAUGUCCUUCCAGGUCCCUGGAGGCAUGGCCAUCACGGGCUUCAUGCUGCAGUUCUACAGGACAGUUCCUGCUGUGGUGUUCUGGCAGUGGGUGAAUCAGUCCUUCAACGCUCUGGUCAACUACACCAACCGUAACGCUGCCUCCCCCAUCACUCCCAAGCAGAUUGGCGUAGCCUACGUCACAGCAACCAGCACAGCUCUAGCAACAGCAGUCGGCCUCAACCUCUACACAAAGAAAGCUCCUCCUCUUGUGGCUCGCUGGGUCCCUUUUGCAGCGGUGGCAUCAGCCAACUGUGUUAACAUUCCUAUGAUGAGGCAACAGGAAAUUCUGAACGGCAUUGCUGUCACAGAUGAAAAUGGGAACAAACUGGGCCACUCUAAGAAAGCGGCAGUAAAAGGCAUCACUCAGGUGGUCGUCUCUCGGAUCACCAUGGCUGCACCAGGAAUGAUCAUCCUCCCCAUCAUCAUGCAGAGGGUGGAAAAGUACAAGUUCAUGCAGAGAAUCACGUAUCUUCACGGACCAAUCCAAGUGAUGAUGGUGGGAGUGUUUUUGGUCUUCAUGGUGCCUGCUGCCUGCUCUCUGUUCCCUCAGAGAUGCUCUAUGGCCGUGUCGAAUCUGGAGCCCGAGCUGAAAGACUCCAUCAUGUCUCAAUAUGGAGACGCUGUACAACGUGUGUACUUCAACAAAGGCCUCUGA